AGAUGUCGCGGGCAGGAUUUCCGGUAGCGGAAGAUCUCUGUCGUGUCGUGUCGCGUCGAGUGGCUUGUGUGUAGAUGCACGACAAAUUCGAUCGAAUAACGAUAUGACGGAAGCGGACGUAGUGGUGUUGGACGAUCCCGUCCCGAAGGAGGAGGUGGCGCAUUUCCUCGCGCCGGCGAUCCAGCACAAUCCGGACGGUUGGGGCCCGUGCGAGCUGCCGGAUCAAUUUAAGGACAUUCCUUAUCAGCCAUUUUCGAAGGGCGACAGGUUGGGCAAGAUCUCCGACUGGACGACGCCGGCCUUCCAGGACAAAAAGUUCCCAAAUAAAUAUACAUCGCAAUUUGGUUCUGGCAGUCAAUAUGCUUAUUACCACGAUGAAGACGAGACCACUUUCCACUUGGUGGACACCACACGCGUGCAGAAACCGCCAUACCAACGUGGCCGUUUCCGUCACAAUCAGCGCAACUUACGCGGUCGUGGCGGUCAACGCGGUGGGUUGAGUCAAAUGCAACAGCUAGGAAAACUCAAGUUGCGGGAACGGGAACGUAAGGGACAAACAAAGCGCUGGGGUAGACAGCAAGGUCUGCGUAAUCACAAGAAUCAGCCGCCCAUCAAGAUUCGAGAUGCUUCCGUGACAGUGCGACCUGAUUGGAUUACCAUCGAGGAGAUGGACUUCCCGCGAUUGGCCAAGCUCUCGUUGCCCAAUGUGAAAGAUGGCGAGGAUAUAUCGUGCUGCGGCUCGCUCGAGUAUUACGACAAGACGUAUGACCGCGUGAAUGUCAAGAGUGAAAAGCCGCUUCAGAGAAUCGAUCGUAUCUUCCACACGGUCACGACUACUGACGAUCCUAUCGUCCGUAAGUUAUCGAAAACGGAGGGCAACGUUUAUGCCACCGACGCGAUUCUGGCCACUAUAAUGUGUUGCACGCGCAGCAAUUAUUCGUGGGACAUCGUCAUCGAAAAGAUCGGCGACAAGCUAUUCUUCGAUAAGCGUGACAACACCGAGUUUGAUCUGUUGACUGUAAACGAAACCAGCGUUGAGCCACCGCAAGACGAUGGCAACUCGUUGAAUUCGCCGAGGAAUCUCGCCCUCGAGGCGACUUUCAUUAAUCACAAUUUCUCGCAGCAGGUGCUCAAGUCGAACGAGCCGCGCCACAAGUUCGAGGAAGGCAAUCCGUUCAUUUCGGAGGAGGAAGAGAGCGAUGUGGCAAGCGUAGCUUACCGUUAUCGCAAAUGGGAUCUCAAUAACGGCAUCGUGCUCGUCGCUCGAUGCGAGCAUGACGCCGUGAUGCAAGGCCCCAACAACGAGAAUCAAUUUCUAACGAUCAAGGCAUUGAACGAAUGGGAUUCAAAGCUGGCUAAUGGAGUCGAGUGGCGUCAGAAGUUGGAUACGCAGCGCGGCGCGGUUUUGGCCAAUGAAUUACGCAACAAUGCCUGCAAACUCGCCAAGUGGACGGUUCAGGCGUUACUCGCUGGUUCGGAUCAGCUGAAAUUUGGAUACGUGUCGCGCGCUAUAGUACGGGAUUCUAGCAAGCAUGUGAUUCUUGGUACGCAGCAGUACAAACCGAACGAGUUUGCGACGCAGAUCAAUCUGAACAUGGAUAACGCAUGGGGUAUUUUGAGAUGUAUCAUUGACAUUUGCAUGAAACAGAAGGACGGCAAAUAUUUGAUAAUGAAGGAUCCGAAUAAGCCUAUGAUUCGGUUAUAUGAUAUUCCUGAUAAUACCUUCGAGAGCGAGGGUGAAGAGGAUGAGGACGACGAUGAGCCUGUUAAUGACGCAUUUCAAAGUUAACAGCAACAACGCUAAUUAUACGCUUGUCAUUAAUUAAUAAUUGUGCGAUUGAUCGGCGCUUUUACCCGAAUCUUUGUAGAAGUACAGGAGAGUAUUCUUACAAAGAAAAUAAAUGAGGAGAUUUAAGCACA